ACAAACAAAAAACAAGAUGUCUAAAGCUAAGGUUUGCGAAUCAGUGAAGGUGGUUGUCAGGUGCCGUCCAAUGAAUGGGAAAGAGGAGGCGGCUGCCUGCGACCGGAUUGUGGACAUGGAUGUGAAACUGGGACAGGUGUCUAUUCAAAACCCCAAAACCAUCCCCACCGAGAUCCCCAAGACCUUCACGUUUGAUGCCGUCUAUGAUAGCAGUUCCAAGCAAAGCGACCUGUACGACGAGACAGUCCGCCCUCUGGUCGACUCGGUUUUGCAGGGGUUCAACGGGACGGUUUUUGCUUAUGGCCAGACGGGGACUGGGAAAACGUACACCAUGCAAGGGAUAUGGGCCGAACCGGAGAGAAGAGGGAUCAUCCCUAAUUCAUUCGAACACAUCUUCACUCAUAUAUCGCGAUCCCAGGACCAGCAGUACCUGGUGAGGGCUUCCUAUCUCGAGAUCUACCAAGAGGAGAUUCGAGACCUUCUGAACAAGGAUGAAAACAAAAAACUGGAGCUCAAAGAAAAACCAGAAACUGGUGUUUACAUUAAAGACCUAUCAUCCUUCGUAACUAAGAAUGUCAAGGAGAUAGAACAUGUAAUGAAUGUUGGAAAUCAGACCAGAUCAGUAGCAUCUACCAAUAUGAAUGAGUACAGCUCAAGAUCUCAUGCAAUUUUUGUUGUCACCGUGGAGUGCAGUGAGCUUGGACUGGAUGGUGAAAAUCACAUCAGAGUGGGCAAGUUGAAUCUGGUUGACCUUGCUGGUAGUGAGCGUCAGAGCAAAACUGGAGUCCAAGGAGAGCGUCUAAAAGAAGCUACUAAAAUCAAUCUUUCUCUUUCUGCUUUGGGUAAUGUAAUCUCUGCUCUUGUGGAUGGUAAAAGUACUCAUAUUCCUUACAGAGACUCAAAACUAACCCGCCUGUUGGAAGACUCCUUAGGUGGUAACGCUAAAACAAUUAUGGUGGCCACAAUUGGCCCGGCAUCUUGCAAUUAUGAAGAGAGCUUAAUAACAUUGAGGUAUGCCAACAGGACCAAGAAUAUUAAAAACAAGCCAAGGAUUAAUGAAGACCCCAAAGAUGCUUUAUUGAGAGAGUUUCAAGAGGAGAUUGCACGAUUGAAGGCCCAAUUGGAGAGAAGAGGGAUGCUGAGCAAGAAAAGAAGAAAAAGCCAAAGGAAAAUCAUUCUGGAAGGAGAAGAUAUUGCAGAGGAAGGAGAGGAGAUGGAAGAUAACAUAGAGAAAGACAUGGAAAAUUAUCUAAAAGAACAAAAAGAGACAUUGGAGAAAGAGAAGGUAGCAAUACAAGAUGAUCAUAAUUUGGUGGCAGAAGAGAAACAGAAAUUGUUAGAAGAGAAAGAGAAAAUGAUGGAAGAUCUGAGGAAGGAGCAAGAGGCAACUGAGCAGCUCGCAGCCAAAUUUAAGGCUAUGGAAAGCAAGCUGCUCAUUGGAGGCAAGAACAUCAUGGACCAUACCAACGAACAACAAAAAAUGCUGGAGCAGAAGAGGCAAGAGAUUGCAGAGCAGAAACGAAGAGAGCGAGAAAUACAACAGCAGAUGUUGCUACAAGAUGAAGAGACCAUGGAACUAAAAGACACAUACACCUCACUCCAGCAAGAAGUAGAAAUUAAAACCAAGAAGCUGAAAAAGCUCUUCGCAAAACUUCAAGCAGUGAAGACCGAGAUUCAGGAUCUACAGGAUGAACAUGUGAGGGAGCGACAGGACCUGGAGCAUACACAGAAUGAACUGACAAGAGAGCUUAAACUCAAGUACCUGAUAAUUGAAAAUUUUAUUCCACCUGAAGAGAAAAACAAGAUCAUGAACCGGUUGUGUUUUGACUGUGAGGAGGAUCAGUGGAAAUUCCUGCCUCUAGUCCCUGCUGAAAAUCACCAAAUGAAGAAAAGGUCUACGUCUGCAGUCGGCUACAAGCGACCAAUCAGUCAGUAUGCUAGAGUUGCUAUGGCAAUGGGUAUUCAUCCCAGAUACAGGGCUGAAAACAUUCUUUUCCUGGAAUUAGACAUGGCAACACCCACAGUGUUUGAGCUGGAGAUCCCACGGUCCAGGUCACUACAAGGAGCAACUGGAGGAGAGCUACAUCAUCACAGUUCUAUCUUCCCAGAUCGGUCAGCCAGUGCAAGGGUUAGGAAAUCAAGAUCAUGGUCCAGACCUGAGAGACGAGUACCUUCCUCCUCUUCUUUCUCCUCACUGGCUUCAGGCUCUCAGCUGUUCCCUCACGCACAUGGGACGAUGCCACAAUGAGGAUUACUGUGAUAUCUGUGCCUGUUCUAACUCUUUAUCUUUUCCUUCCCUUCAUCCAAUAUGUCCCUGUAAAUGGGUUUUGUCUCUCAUUUUCACUAAAUACCACUGGUGUCAACAGCCUCCCAUCAGCCUUUGUCUGCUUUGCUGCAUUGUUUAACAUCUUACUCAAUAUGGUGCAAGGCAUUGAAGAGACAUGUUUUGACACUUGUUAACAUGUUGUGCAGGCUUUAUCAAAAGUUACAGAAUAUGAGAAUCAAAUGUUGUUAGCACUACCAAGCCUUGAAAUUGGUUCAUAACGGAAGUAAUGCUUGAAUAAUUUGUCAUAUUUAUUUUCUUAUUUUGCUGGACUUUAAGCUCAUUCCCUUCUCUCCAGUGUAAUACAGCCUUCUGUCCAAUGCCAUUUACUUUGAGAAUCUGACCUGAAAGAAGAUGUGCUCUGUAGGGCAGAAUGCAGCAGAUUGCGUGCUAAGUUUAUUUCCACAAACAGUAAUGUUGCUUUGUAAAUUUGUUGGACUUUGUUUCUUAAUUAAAUUGAUGUUGCUGUUACUUCAAAAAAAAAUUUCAAAAUAUUUACUCACAGGUACUGUUGUAACUGAAAAUGAGGGUAUUUUACGUUAUUGUGGAUUAAAAUAAAUACGAUGUACUCAAGGA